AUGGUACGUAGACUCAAACCCGAAAUUAGGGAAACGUAUGAUAGGAUCAAGGAUCAGCUCUUUCGUGACUUUGUUGAACUCGUUCCCGAUGACAAUGUCAAAACAGGUCACUAUCUGCCGCAUCACCCGGUUGCUAAGGAUUCUGUGACAACGCCCAUCCGCAUGGUGUAUGACUGUUCCUGCAAAACUGGCGCAAACCCGAGUUUAAAUGACUGUUUAGAGACUGGGCCACCACUUCUGAAUGAUCUGGCAUCCAUAAUGUUAAGAUUCCGCGUGCACAACAUAGCGAUUUCAGCUGAUAUCGAAAAGGCUUUUUUGAACGUGGGGCUUGAGUCUGAUGACAGGCCGUACACGAAAUUUCUAUGGCUCUCCGAUCCUGAUGACCCAGAAAGCAGUUUCAACGUUUACCAAUUCAAAGUGGUCCUCUUUGGAGCGUCGUGCAGCCCGUUCAUUCUGAACGCAACCAUCAAACACCAUCUCGAGAUAAACGCAUCGGAUGUCGCAAACGAUAUAACAAAGAACAUUUAUGUCGAUAACCUCAUCAGUGGAUGCCCUGAUGAUAAAAUCACCAUGGAUUACUACACCGAGGCCAACAAACUCAUGAAAUCUAGUGGAUUCCAUCUUAGAGAAUGGAGCAGCAAUAGCCAGGGACUGCACGAUUUAGCGCGAAUGAUCACACCGUGA